UCUUCUGCGGUCAGGACCACUCUGCACACACAAACUGCUGAUGCUAUUGCUGCUUAUUUGCAUAUCAGCUGCAGACUGGCCUUGGAUGGCUCCAGAUACAGAGUGACAGAGGUUGAUGGUGUACCUCAAGAUGUGUGAGGGGCAUGUGUAGAAAUGGCACAUUGUCAAAUUUGUUGACAAUGAGACUGAGGAGCCUCUUUACUGCUUUCUGUCUCUUUUCUUCUUUCUGCUGUGUGGAGAAAUGUGAGGAAUAGCCAACUGUGAAGCAUGAUGACAUUUGAGGAAUAGCCUACCAAUUUCUGGUUAUGGAGGCAUGAUAUGGCGGCAAUUUCAGAAAUGAGCAGUGAUACGGAGUCUAUUCCCUUCUGGUUGGAGAUUGCAGAGUGCUCUGUUGCCCCAGUUGCAAUGGAGGACAGUGACCAUGAGGCCCACUCUUCAUCAGACGAGCAGGACUGCUGCCCUGCCACCCCUGAUCAUAACAGGGACCAUGCCGGUGAACAGCACUCAAGCCUGUCAGACGACUCAGAGGUAGAGAACAUUAUGCAAGACCCUCACCACCAGGGAGGGCACAGUCACCAUCAUCACCAUGAACACCACCAUGACUACCAUGACCACCAGGGUAUAGACCCUCAUGAUGCAGAUGGGGAAGCUGUGGGUGAAGAUCGUCCCCACACCCCGUCUUAUUUGCAGCCCCCUGUGGCGAGUAGUGCACAGUCUGACUCAGGCUCAGACCCCAGUUUGCCGCAGAGCAGGAGUUUGGAGUUUGACGUGUCGUCCCUCGUCUGUCCUCCCAGGCCCAAGAGCCCUUGGGGUCGAUUCGAUCCUUAUGAAAAUAACGAGGACCAGGAUAAGGAAUAUGUUGGUUUUGCAACAUUGCCAAACCAGGUGCAUCGCAAGUCGGUUAAGAAGGGAUUUGACUUCACACUCAUGGUGGCAGGGGAGUCUGGCCUGGGAAAGUCCACUCUGGUCAACAGUCUGUUUCUCACAGAUCUUUACAAAGAUAGGAAGCUGCUUAAUGCUGAAGAGCGAAUCACACAAACAGUAGAAAUCACCAAACACACAGUGGACAUAGAGGAGAAAGGUGUCAAAUUAAAGCUCACCAUCGUGGACACGCCUGGGUUCGGAGAUGCUGUCAACAACACUGAAUGCUGGAAGUCAGUCGCCGACUACAUUGACCAGCAGUUCGAGCAGUACUUCAGGGACGAGAGCGGCCUCAACCGCAAGAACAUCCAGGACAACCGCGUACACUGCUGCCUCUAUUUCAUCUCACCCUUUGGUCACGGCCUUCGACCUUUGGACGUGGAGUUUAUGAAAGCUCUGCACGAGAAGGUUAACAUCGUCCCCGUUUUGGCCAAAGCCGACACGCUCACCCCGAAUGAAGUCAAGAAAAAGAAAAUCAAGAUCAGAGAGGAGAUCGAGCAGUACGGCAUCAAGAUAUACCAGUUCCCUGACUGUGACUCUGACGAGGACGAGGAGUUUAAGCAGCAGGACCUGGAGCUAAAGGAGAGUAUUCCCUUUGCAGUGAUCGGCAGCAACACAGUGGUGGAGGCCAAAGGGAAGAGGGUGCGUGGUCGUCUAUACCCCUGGGGCAUCGUUGAAGUAGAGAACUCGGCACACUGUGACUUCGUGAAGCUGAGGAACAUGCUCGUUCGCUCGCACAUGCAAGAUCUCAAGGACGUGACCCGAGAGACCCACUACGAGAACUACAGGGCCCAGUGCAUCCAGAGCAUGACCCGCAUGGUCGUGAAGGAACGUAACCGCAAUAAAUUAACCAGGGAGAGCGGAACAGACUUCCCCCUCCCUGCGGUGACCGGAGGGACAGACAGCGAGACGGAAAAGCUCAUCCGGGAGAAAGAUGACGAGGUACGGCCCGCAGACCAUGAACUGGAGUCACAUCAGCACCAACAUGGUCACAGUGACCAGUGUGAUCACAGCACUGAGCACCACAAGCUCUCACACUCUCAGCCCGAAGCCGAGACUCAGCCUCGCGUGAUAAAGGAUGAAGCUCUCUGAGUGUCUUUGUCUCACACAAUCUUUGUUUUGAAACGCACUCAGGUCAUGUUUUCUGAAGCUGACAAUGAGCAGCUUAAAAAAACAUGAAUCAGUGUACACAUAGAGUACUCCACACCCUGUGCCCACGGUUCUCACACUGAGCCUCCUCUGGUGGAGGAAAAUCAGAAAUACUCGGAGUGGAGCUGAGGAAUGUUGACUGGAGUCAAAACAUAAUAAUAAAUGAAAUAUGAAUAAUUAGAGUCAUCGUAUAUCAUCGCUCCAAUUUUAAUCUAAUGUCACUAUACCAGUGUGUGAAGUAUAUGAUGAUCGUGAGAGAACAAAAGACCUAUUUACACCUCUGUAUUUAAACGUUGGUGAUAAUGGUGUUACUUUGAGAGCUCAAUAUUUUCUCAGAAGGUACUUUGGUAUAAAUCACUGGCCUUUAUCCUCACUCAUCCCCUGGACCUUAAAGCUUUAUGUCCAACAAGUUCUAUUUAUUUAUUUAUUUAUUUAUUUAUUUAUUUAUGAUAUAACCUCCGCCCUCAAAAAAACUCUCGUAUCUCGGUAACUUUUUAUUUUUAGCAACGCUGGUAAUAUAAUCACUGAAUAUAAAUUACUCUUUACUCAUUGUAAAAGAAGACUUUUACCCUGACAGCAGAGGUCAUCAGAAAAUAUGGAAAUGAGAGGUUUUUAACUUGUGUCCUUUUUUUUUUUUAGCCCAAAC